AUGCCGAGCGGCGGGGAUAGAGCGGCGCAGGAGCGGAGUGGCCGUGGGCAGGGCCAAGUGGCGAGCGGUAGCGCAGCAGAUGCGGCGUGGAGCGCGUGGUCUGUUGCUGGGCAGCGCUCCCCUGCCGGCCAGGUUCAGGCCACCGGGCAGCUUGCCCGCGCCGACAUGAUUCCUCGCAGUUGCGCCUGCUCCUGCGCUCCGCCUCGCCGUUGUUGCGUUCGACGACCACGCCCGCGCCACUCCGCCUCAGAUCUGCGGAAGGGUAAGGAUUCGGAGGCGGGAUCAGGAGCUGAGGGAACCUGUUCGAGGUGUCCUAGAGUCGUAGGGAUCGCGCUGACAUUGGGAGAAAUCGCGGAGAGGCGGAAGCCGAGCAGUAGGUGCGACUACAAAAUGCCUCAACUGAGGACUGCCAGCAGGCCGGCGCUUGCCAGCAACUCUGCUGGUGGCUUUUUUAUCAGGAGGAGGAGGGUGGCAUCAGCAGGAGCUUUGGUGGUGAAGGGCGCCGUCAAGCCGCUGGCUCAACGGGUCCGAACACAUUUCAGCAACAAGGAGAAUGUGCCACCCGCGGGUGCAGCGAGGGCUAAACCAAAGAGGAGGAGCCCCCUACCUGACUGGUACCCAAGGACCCCACUCCGUGACAUCACAUCAAUCGUAAAGGCUCUUGAGAAAAGAAAUCGCCUAGAGGAGGAUGCGGCUCGGCAACAUAUCCAAUGGAAUGAAGAUUCUCCACAGCCUGUGGAUCCAACAACUCCAGUACAUGCAGAGCAUAGUGAUCCUGAUUCUCAAAGCACACAAACUCAAGAAACACUGGGUGUUGUUGCCUCUGGUCCUGGCUCAACUUCAGCUGUUGCGAACAGAGUGACUUCUGUGGCUGAGGACAGGCAAGGGGCAUCUUGCUCUCCAUCGGACUGCUCCUUGCAGAUGGCUCCAUCCAAGCCAAAUGAUCCAUCUCCUGCUGAUCUGGAGAGGAAACUGUCAAGUUCAAUAGAGCAGAUUGAAAAGAUGGUGAGGCGUCAUAUGAAGGAAACUCCAAAGGCUGCUCAGCCUUCCAAGGUAGUUGCCCAAAGGCGCGUACUGAUGUCCAUGCGAUGA